CCUCUCCCGUCUACAAAAUUCGUCAAAACCUGCAGAGAACCCUUAACUCUGGGUCCCACCUCUUCAGUCACCCUCAACCCUUCCCUUCUCUGCAUGCAACUCUCUCUCUCUCUUCUCUUCUCUCUUUCUCUCUCCACUUCAAUUCUUUCUUUUUCAAAAUAUAUUUGAUUCUCAGAUUCUUCCAUUCUUAUAAAAAGCCACUACCAGUACUAUCACUCUCCUCCUCCUGUCUAUCUUCUCAAUAAAAGAAACAAAAGAAUAUAUCCCUUCGUCUAAACAUUUUUCACGCUAAUUUUAACUUUAUUAACCAAAAUUUAAAAUAAUAUUCAAUGUCAUCUUCUUCUUCAUCUUCAAUUUUCAUCAUUUUUGUUAUUCUCAUGCAAUUACUUACUCAAUUUAGCAGUAAUGCGAUUUCCGAUUCUGAUAUCUUGCUCAAAUUGAAGGAAUCUUUGUUAGAUUCUUCAAACCCAAGCCUCCGUGAUUGGACCUAUGGUAAUCAACACUGUAACUUUACGGGUGUUUCCUGCGACGGUGAUUCCCGUGUCGUGUCGAUUGAUCUUAGUUACGUGCCUCUCUUUGGGGAGCUUUCAUCGGAGAUUGGAGAGCUUGAUAAGCUUCAAACACUUAAUAUUGCUGGGUGUAACCUUACCGGGAAUAUACCACUUGAAAUUUCAUCGCUCUCUUCUCUUAAAUACCUCAAUAUUUCGAAUAAUAACAUCUCCGGCGGAAUUUCAGCCGAGGUUUUAUCCGGGUUGUCGGAGCUUGAGUUUCUUGAUGUGUAUAAUAACAACUUAACGGGGCCGCUCCCGGUGGAUGUUUCGGGUUUGAAGCAGAUAAUACACCUUGACCUCGGCGGGAAUUACUUUUCCGGAGUAAUUCCGGCGAGGUUUUCUGAAUUAUCAACAUUGAAGUACCUUGGGUUGAACGGGAAUUCACUCACCGGUAAGAUUCCAGCAAGUUUAGGUAAGCUGACGAAUUUGACCAAGUUCUGCUUAGGCUACUUUAACUCUUAUUCCGGUGGAAUUCCGCCGGAGUUGGGGUCGUUAACCUCGAUCGAGUACCUGGACAUAGCGGAGUGUAACCUCUCUGGCGAAAUUCCGAAGAGUUUGGGGAAAUUGAAGAAGCUUAACUCUCUGUUUUUACAGAAGAAUCAACUUACAGGGGAAUUACCCUCUGAGCUAUCAGGAAUGAUGAGCUUGAUGUCGCUGGAUUUGUCAACUAAUUUGAUCACCGGAGAAAUACCGGAGAGUUUCUCUCUCCUGAAGAACCUCACCUUUCUCAGUGUCUUCCAAAAUAAAUUCUAUGGCAGAAUUCCUUCUGGUAUAGGCGACUUGCCUAACCUUGAGAAGUUGCAGGUAUGGAGUAAUAACUUUACAUUUGAAUUGCCGCAGAAUCUCGGCAGAAAUGGGAGGUUGAAGACGCUUGAUAUUUCUUCGAAUCGAAUAACUGGAAUGGUUCCUCGAAGCCUCUGUACUGGUGGGAGGUUAGAAUUGCUUAUUCUAUUUGAUAAUGCACUUUUUGGUUCUGUCCCUGAAGAGCUCGGUGGUUGUAAGUCAUUGCAGCGGCUUCGAAUUGCGAAUAAUCAGCUUUCCGGUGAGAUUCCUGCUGGUAUUUUUAACUUGCCGGAACUGACAACUGUUGAUCUCAAUGAUAACGAGUUUUCCGGCGAACUCCCGGUGGAUAUGUCGGGUGGUAACAUCGGUGAGCUGGACUUGUCUAACAAUUUAUUUACAGGGAAAAUUCCGCAAGCAAUUGGAAAUUUGAGGGUGCUGCACAGGCUUUCGUUGCAGAAUAACCGCUUUACCGGCGGGAUUCCACCGGAAAUGUUUGGUCUUAAACAGUUACAGGGGUUGAAUGUAAGCUCCAACAAUCUCGACGGUGAGAUUCCGGUGGAAAUUGGACGGUGUAAGUCCUUGAUCGCUGUUGAUUUCAGCCAAAACAAUCUGGUGGGUGAGGUUCCAACUUCGAUUUCUGAGCUGGAAGACCUUGGAAUUCUUAAUCUGUCUCAGAAUUCUCUCACCGGAUAUAUCCCCGAUGACAUAGGGUCAAUUUCAAGUCUGUCGGUUCUUGACCUCUCCGACAACAAUUUCUACGGUAGGAUACCCGCGGGCGGUCACUUCUCUGUCUUCAAACCGACGUCGUUUGCAGGAAACCCAAAUUUGUGUUGGCGUCACAGAUCUCUUCCUUGUCCUGUGUAUAAACCGGCUUCAAAAAGGCACCACACGUCGUCGUUUUCCUCCUCCAAGCUAAUCAUCCUAAUCAUUGGACUAAUGACUUGUGUCCUUUUAUCAUUAGUGACUGUAAGCAUUUACAAGAAGAAGAGUCUAGAUGGUUCUAAAACAUGGAAGAUAGAAAGGUUCCAACGCCUUGAGUUCAAGGCAGAAGACGUAAUCGAAUGCCUUAAGGAAGAGAAUAUCAUUGGAAAGGGUGGUGCCGGGAUUGUGUACCGAGGUACUAUCCCGGAUGGAACUGAUAUUGCAAUAAAACGGUUAGCAAAUCGCGGUAGUAACAAGAAUGACCUGGGGUUUUCAGCUGAGAUUGCCACCUUAGGGAAGAUACGACACCGUUACAUUGUAAGGUUGUUGGGGUAUGUAUCAAACAAGGAUACAAACUUGCUAGUGUACGAGUACAUGCCGAAUGGAAGCUUAGGGGAGAAACUUCAUGGACCAAAAGGAGCACAUUUGCAAUGGGAGAUGAGGUAUAAGAUAGCAGUGGAAUCAGCAAAGGGAUUGUGCUACUUGCACCAUGAUUGUAACCCUAAGAUAUUUCACAGGGAUGUUAAGAGUAAUAAUAUACUAUUGGAUUCUGAUUAUGAAGCUCAUGUUGCUGAUUUCGGGCUUGCUAAGUUCCUUUGGGAUGCUGGUGCUUCCGAGUGCAUGUCCUCUAUUGCUGGCUCUUAUGGCUACAUUGCUCCUGAAUAUGCCUACACACUGAAGGUAGAUGAGAAAAGUGACGUGUACAGCUUCGGAGUGGUACUGCUAGAGCUGAUUGCAGGACGAAAGCCAGUGGGAGAAUUCGGUGAUGGAGUAGACAUAGUAAGAUGGGUGAGGGUGACUGAAUCUGAGAUCUCUCAGCCAUCAGAUGCAGCUACAGUCUUAGCCAUUCUGGACUCCAGGCUACACGGAUACCAGAUUAACAGCGUUAUCAACAUGUUUAAGAUUGCAAUGUUGUGUGUUGAAGACGAGAGCUCUAACAGGCCUACUAUGAGAGAAGUUGUUCACAUGCUCACUAAUCCUCAUCAACGUAUUGUUUCUACUCCCAGCCUUCUUUAGGUACAAAAUUUGGGGCAUUUUCACGGUCUCUUGUUGUCUAUCUAUUAUAGUAUAUACAAGUAACUAUUUUUUGAGUAAGUAAAAGCACAUAAUUGUACUAAUAAUCUGUUGUUAACAGCAACCAAAAUAGAGAUUACUGUGCUAAAAACUAGAGGGUUAUAAUAUCACCCAAUGUUUGUCUGAUGAGGACUGGUUUGUUCUUGAUUUUGUAAUAUACUGAUUAUUAUUGAUGCAGCCUAAUUAAGAUGUA